GGCUUGGAAAUCAGUCUGAGUAGGAAAUCCGCUGGCUUCUGUAGCAUCCGGUUGCUCCAAAUUCUGUUCUGUUUGACAGUCAAUCACCUCCUUUUCCUGAACGGGCUCAAGACGAAAUUACAAUUAUAGCUGUUCAAGGAAGCUGUUCAAGAGAUCACCCAAAGUAGGAGUAUUUUCAUCGUCAUGAUACUAAGUGCUCUCCUGUUCAAAGCGAUUCUUGUUGCUGUCCUAGGCUUUCUGGAUAAUUGGCACGCAGAUGCGUGUUCAGUUCCUAACAUUCGUGAAAAGGAAGGAAACGAGAUAAAAGUCAUCGAGGUGACCAGCGGAGAGGAUGUUAAACUCACUUGCCAGAUCAGAACCGUUGGUCAGACCUCAAAACCAAGGUAUUACUGGCUCAAAGACAAUCAGACGCUCAGUCCAUCGAGUCAUCAACGUCUGAGGUUAAAACUCUACAGAUACCUAAAGAUAAAAAGAGCCAAGAAAGAGGACGCCGGCUUCUACACCUGUGUCGCAGUAAAUGACUGUGGCAAGAACCCUUUUACAAUGCACCUAUUUGUCGGAAGUCCAACACUGAAUCCCAACAAAAUUACAGUAGGAGCUGCUCCAAGAUUUACGGUACCGCAAAGCAAGAUGAGGCGCAACCUUCUUCAUGUACCCGUUGGAAACUCUGUUCGGAUGGACUGUUCUGCCGAUGGAAACCCUCGUCCUACCGUGAAAUGGUAUAAAGACGGAAAAUUGUUUAAGGAAAGGAAACUUUAUUCGAGUCGAAGGACAACCUUGUUGAGUCUGAAGGACUUGGUUCCCUCUGACGCUGGGUCAUACAUGUGUAAUGUGAGCAACUCAUACGGAUGGAUUAAUCAUACAUACAAAGUAUACGUUCAUGAACGAGCUCGUGCUGAACCAGUCGUUCUACCCAUGGAAAAUGUCACAGUUUAUCGAGGAGAGAAUGCCAGCUUAACAUGCAAAGCAUUAAGUGAUUCCAUGCCUCAUUUCCAGUGGCUAAGGUGGUUUCCUACAAGUUUCAACAGUUCGACAAACGGUCCAAUUGAAAGUCCUCACUACGAAAUCGUGAAUAAAGAAGAUGCAGACCAACAUGUAAUUAUACCAUCAAGUGGUGGCAAAAAGUUUGAUUUCCACGGAGUGAAGUUGACUUUGUUAAAUGUCACAAAGAGGGACGAAGGCAAAUACACUUGCAUUGUGGGAAAUGCUGUUGGUUACGUAUCCGAACAUGCUUACAUCAUUGUCCAAAACAUUGAUAAAGCAAAACCAAAUGAAGCUCAGCGAACUGAAAGCACCACAGAUGGUUCUACUGUUAGCCUGACAUCCAUCAGUUCUGAAAGUGAAGCAGUUACGCAGACGUCAAUGGGUUGGACUGAUAGAAUAAGGUACCCGGCGGCUGUAAUCGCAGUUUCAGUGGGCGUGGUCGUUAUGUUGAUCAUAGCUUCCAGUCUCUGUUAUUGGCAGGUGAAGAAAGGCCGAGCGAGCUCGUCCGCAACGAUGAAAAGCCGACACAACAUCGAUUCACUUCAAGUGAAGUACGUAGUCCAGUCAAAUGAGUACGUAAUAGUGCCAGACCUAAAAGGACACGGGAAUGAUUUUGGCACUAACUGAUUGUACGAAGAGUAGUUAUCACUUUGUUCCAUCUAUUUGAAAAUCGCAUAAUACAGUCGCUCAAAUAUAGAUUAUUUCAGUCUCUACAAACAUUUUAUUGAUUCAGUGAUGAGCUGGUUUGGAAAAAGUUGUAAAAGCUGUCUUUCAUUUUCCUUGCGAUUUGAUAGAUUUCUUUAAAUAAGCCUUGAAUGGUUGAUGUGUUUUAAUAAAGUUGUCUCAUUGGCUUGGAAAAAGAUGCGAUUUAGAGCAUAAAGUGGUGCGAUUCGUGGAUAAAUCGCACGAUUAGAGCCUGUCAGAUUGCAAGGAUCACAACGGAUUUCAAAAUGGAUGUAACAAACAUAGUAAAUUAACCAUGAGCAGAAUUUCAGUUUAGCAGAAUAAAUGAAUAAAACCGCAUACCCUCAAAGAAACACAAGAGGGUUUGUCAGGCUUUGUUCAAAUUCAAUUCUUCAGUUCAGUUUCGAUUAGUUUUUUUCUACAACCGUCGAAGGGAAAGGAUCAACGUUUUAGUUGUUAGAACCAGUUUCCUUACCGAAGGGACCGCUCUUUUCUGCAGCAUGUUUGGUCUCGUCACGCAAAGAUGGACGGCUUCAAGGAGAUGUUAGUAGGAAACGGUUCUCACACCUUAAGUGUUUUUCUUUGACUUAUUUCCUCGUGCGUUUCAAUUUCAAUAAAUAAAGUACC